UCCAAUUAUGCAGGCAGUGUUUGAAGACAACAGAGAUAAUUGUAGUGAGAUCUAUAUAGAUCAUGAGUGUGUCAAGUUGCAAGAUUAUCCCGUUGGUCCUAGCUUCAUGGAUACUGCUAGCCACAAAUCAACUGGAUACUGUGUAUGGAAACUCCGCAUUUCUGUCAAAUAUUACUGAUGAAAGAGAAAUGCUAACAGUUUGUCCUGGAGAGUUGGUCUCUCUAACCUGUAGCCAUGACAACGUUAAUGGCGAACUAAGUCGAUGGGAAAUUAGUGGAGCCAUGUCUUGCAAUGGUUUAGUGAGCCACAAUACUGGUUUUGCAGAAUACACGUGUGGUCAAUUCACCAUCACCAUGGUCAGCAACAACACUGGCCCUACAGUGAGCUCAACUAUUCAAAUACCUGUCACUGAGGUACUGAACGGUACUCUGAUUAAAUGCUUUGCUGGUGGUCUUUUUUCAUCGCCACAAGUUGGCAACACCACACUGAAUGUGAUAGAUAUAAAUGCACUGCCUGUAACUGCCUGGGUGGCAAAUCUGAGAACUAAUAGUUUAUGUCCUGUUCUGGAGUGGGACCCACUGGACGCACCAUACCAGAGAUGUGUUACUGGAUACACUAUCAACCUGAAUAGAACAGUGUACAAUGCCACCAACACAUCUCUAUCAUUAGCUGGUGAGAGCCUCUCUUACUGUGAGACUCAGACAGUGACUGUGACACCACUCACAAUCAAUGGACUCUUAUCAUCUGACACCUCAAAUAUCACGUUGAUCAAUCCAGAUUUGGGGACUCCAGCAUUAUCCGCCUCCUUCAUAAUCCAAAAUAAAGCACUGAAACUCCAAAUAAUAUUCCAGGAAAUUUCUAUUGAUACUGCACCCAUUCGAAUAUUCGGAUACAUAACGAGCGGAGAAAAUUGUGUUCCUACCACAUCAUUUAAUGGAAGUUCAGUUGCAAUCGAUUUCUCAGACCAAUCUUCUGGAGAUGCUUACACAGUGUGUGUGAUGUUCAGAAACAAGGAAUGCUCUGUGUCUGCAAUCAAUUCCACUACUGUGACUGUUCCAGCUACAAUGAUCACCGUACAAGAAGUUAGGCCAUCUGACACUAGUUACACAGUCCGCUUGUCCCUCCCCUUCACUGGCUACCCUCCCAGUGACCUGCUCAUUGUCUCCACCCUCUCUCCCCCUCACUCGGAUCCAAUCACCCUCCAUUUCCCCUCCACAACCAACCAAGUCACGGUGACUUUCACUGAACUCACUGCUGGAGUCGACUACACCUACACCACUAGAGUUGUUUUGGCCAGCAACCACGUAAUCAAAUGACGUCGUAUCUCCAGUCAUUGGAGAAUUCAUAUUGGCUCUACAUGUAUUAGGAGAAUCUGUGCAGUCCCUCUCUACUGGUGAAGCAGUGGCAGGCAGUGUGGCAGCUACAUUCACUAUUUCCAUAGCGAUUGGACUCUUGCUGGGGAUGUCUCUAAUGUACUGCAUUAUGUACUACAGGAAUAGGGGACGCUAUACAGUAAGACAGCGACAAGAAGAAAGCAUUCAACCCACUGUGCCAAGUGGUCC